AUUGGACAUGUUCACUUGUUACACAUUUACAUGUCCCUGCUAUAUAGCUCUGUAUUUCAUGGUGUUGUGUUUUUGUAUUCUGUUUUUAUGUGAACCCUGGCUGCAAAACUAAUUCCGCCAUGACGGAUAAUAACUUGCAUGUGGAUUUAAGGGUGAAAACAAUGCUGAUUACAAUUUCCUAAAGCCCAAAUUGCUUAUAUUGUCAAACCAAUUGUCCAAAAUGUAAAGAUGUCCAGUUUAUAAUCGCAUAAGACAAAGAAAAGCAGUGUUUUGCAUUUUAGCUUGAAAAAUGACUAAAAUGAUUCAAAUUCAAAAUAGUUGCAUUCAUAUAUACUUGUCUGCUGAUUGACUGAUUGAUAUAUUGACGUAUCGUUUCAGGUUUAAUUUAUCCCGAUAGAUAAGCAAUUAAACGAUGGAUAAAUAACUGAAUUAUUUCUUAAAGUUAAAGAGACUUUUAAAGCAUUAAGGAGUUUGACUUGCAGGCUCUGCUUUGCUGAUUCAGUGUGAAAUGCGUUGAGCCAUACAUUCAGUGUGUUUCUGACUGUCACUUGUUGUGCUGACGCUUCACAGCGGGCUGACAGGCUCGUUGGCUUCACGUGAUAGUCGGUACGCGUCACCGAAGCGCUGUCCCUCGCCUUUAGACUGGAGCAGGGCAGACUUGACACCGUGUGUAGCAGGCGACUGUAAAUAAUUAAUUAAAACCCAACAAACUAGCGGGGAACAAAUAAGCAAGGCAGCAGCAGGUUAUCUGAUAGUAGUUCCUCUCAUUCAUUCGCCCGGGGUUGUCUUGCAGUUAUAUUUUCUUUUUCUCCAGAUUUGAACGUGCCAAUUAAAAAAAAAAAAAAAGGAAAGCGAAACAUGGCUGGUUUAAUGUCAGACUUUAGUCUCUACACCCACGCCGUCGUUCGGGGAAUCCCCGCAUCCCUGGCCAAAGAAGCGCUCCGGAGCAGCCAGGCGGAGGUGGACCUGUCCAAGGCGCGUAAGGAGCACGAGGCGUACGUCGAGGUCCUGGGGACGAGGCUCGGGCUGGAGGUGGUGGAGCUCCCCGCGGACGAGUCGCUCCCGGACUGCGUGUUCGUGGAGGAUGCGGCCGUGGUGUGCGGUGACACGGCGCUCAUCACCAGACCUGGGGCAGAGAGCAGGAGGAGAGAGACGGAGGCAAUGAACAAAGCUCUGAAGGAUUUGAAUCUGAACAUUGUGGAGAUGACUGACGAGAAGGCCACACUGGAUGGAGGAGAUGUGCUUUUUACAGGUCGAGAGUUCUUUGUGGGCCUUUCCAAACGGACCAAUCAGAGAGGAGCAGAGCUUCUAGCAGAUGCCUUUAAGGACUACGCUGUGUCGACCGUGCCUGUGCUGGAAGGGCUGCACCUGAAAAGCUUCUGCAGUAUGGGAGGACCAGGCCUUAUUCUCAUCGGCGCCAGUGAACCAGCACAGAAAACCCUCAAAAUCAUGCAGCAAAUGAGUGACCAUCGCUAUGACAAACUGACGCUGCCUGAUGACUACGCUGCCAACUGCAUCUACAUGAACCUACCUAAUAAGGGACAUGUGCUUCUGCACCCCACAGCAGAACAGUUUCCAGAAAGUGCAAAGGUGUUUGAGAAGUUGAAGGACUACAUGCUGAUCCCCGUGUCCAACUUGGAGAAGGUCAAAGUUGACGGAGCCCUCACAUGCUGCUCUAUACUCAUCAACAAGAAGGCCAACGUCUGAGCGUGCUCACCAGGGGGUCUCUCAGUGCAUGGUUACCAAGCGGAGCCUGUAUUCAAUCACCAAGGAUCCCGAGGUUUAUCCAAACUAUUUUGUGAUUUAGGAUAGGGAAGUUCGUUGUCGCUGAGGGUCAAAGAAAAUAUAAAUUGGAGGGAAUCAUCUGGUCUCCCUUUUCCCUCCAAACACUCAAAUUUCAUUUAACUUUCUUAAAAAUCUGUCAAUACAUCUGCUGACAUAAAUGUGGUUACUGUUGUCUCUUUAAGGAUUGUGAUAUUACAGUAAAAUCAGUCUUAUUUGCUCUUGAUUUGGAUGAACUCUUAACAUUUCUUUUCAAAAGCUGAAUACAAGGCAUAAUCGGUCAUGAAUUCUGCCUAUGUUAAGUUUAAGUCAUAUAUGUUUUUUGAAAGUAUGUACUCCAAUUAGUCUACAAACUCGUCAAAUUAGAUUCUAGUUAAUCUGAAGUAGAACAUGUGCCAUGUGGAGCAUGUUUUAACGGUAUUUUGGAGCAAAAGAAAUCCUGCUUCAUCUGUAAUAUGACAACUAUGUUGAAUUAUUGCUGCUUCUUUACAGUUGGUGCUGAGUAAAUUUCAUGACUCUACAUUACUUCAAAACCCCGAACAUGCAGUUCUGUAUUUUAUGAAAAUGCAUGGCCAUGUAUCUGACCAUUAGGUUGUUCUGAUUUCUCUUAUUAAAAAUACAGUUCUUGAAAAGCUUUCUGGAGAUAUGAGGUAUGAUUGCACUGUUAUGAUUAUUCACGAUUGAUAUAAAUACUGCCAUUGAGACCUUAGGUGCUCUUAUUUUUCAUGACUAUUACUUACUAAUCAUUGCUAUUGAACUUACGGGACUAGAUAUGAUUUCUGACUGAUCGCACGCUGUUUCCACGCGUGUUCGCAGUGGUAGUUGCAAACAGGAGUUUAAAGGAUGUUGUUGUA